AGGAAGCCGAUAAGAGAGAGAGAGAGAGAGAGAGAGAGAGAGAGAGAGAGAGAGAGAGAGAGAGAGAAGGAACGAUGGCCGUAGUUACAGCAUCAUCAUCCUGUUCAGGACUGUGGGUGGGCCACUCCUCCACUCUACGCUUCUCCAGACCACCGGUGUUCGGAACCAAGGCCGGUUCCCAGCUAGGGUUUCUCUCGUCCCAGUUCAGUGGCAUCUCAAUUUCCUACCCAACAACAUUGUCUUUGCCCAAACCCAUCUCUGCACCCGUCGUCUACCGCCCUUUUCGGCCCAUCGCCCGUAGAGUAUGUCCUUUCACCGGGAAGAAAACCAACAGAGCAAACAACGUUUCUCACUCAAACACCAAGACGAAAAAGUUGCAGUAUGUGAAUCUGCAGUAUAAAAGGAUCUGGUGGGAGGGAGGGAAACGCUGGGUCAAACUGCGGUUGUCGACCAAGGCAUUGAAGACCAUAGAGAAGAAUGGACUGGAUGCUGUUGCUAAGAAAGCUGGGAUCGAUCUAAGAAAGAAAUGACGGAGAGUGUGUUUAUUUGUUUUGCCGAAUUCUGUUGGUAGAAGAAAGCACCACCCGUUGAAUUCAUCUUUUUCAGUGAAUGAAAAGCCCUGUUAAUGGUA